AAGUUUCUUAGUUGGUAUGUUUUGUGUUUCAGAUUGCCGUUACAAUGGGGACGAUGAAGAAACAGAUGGUUGCCUUUUGGGGCUGCGUGCUGCUGCAUGCCGUGGUGUCGAUGGAUAUCCAACAUGAAUUUGAGAAGCAUACGGAGGUAAGCAUCGCAUCCGACACGAGAGGACGUCGCGACGUCAUCGAAGAGGAAAAGUUCUUCAACAUCAACUCCGAAAUUCGAAAAGAAAGCAACAUGAACCACCAGACGCCUUGGAUGCCCGGCCCACUGCCUCCUGACGAGGACCCUACUACUAAAAUAUCACUCACGAACCCCGAAGUGAAAGAAGUGCUGCCUUUGUACCAAACCACUGAAAGAGUCACCGAUAAGCCUACUGGUAGAGGCGCAAGAGCAUCUAAUGAAAACUGGAUCAAACUGCCUUUCCCAGAUCGCGAUGACCACAGAGAUGACAUCCUCACUCCUCCCCAACCCUCCGGAGACCUCAUCAAUACGAGGAUGCCUCGCGUCAACUUCGUCACCCAAAACAAACAGCUCGAAGCGUCCGAGUCCCGCAACGACAAGGAAUCCAUUCAGCGAGCCACUCGCACCGACGAUAUCCGAACCGAAUUCGUCCGCCCAGGCGAAGAAACUAAACCUUACAAACCUGUCUAUCCCAGACAGGCUGUUUACUACCCGGAAGAGUCUCGGCGACACUAUUACGAUGACAGGUUCUAUCCUGCCGACGAUAUAUACCGCCGCGAUCCCUACUUUGAUUUAUACGACCGCAGGCGGUACCCCGUAUACCCCGGGCCUCGCAUCGACAGGUACGAUGAUACAUACGACAAUUACGUCCCGAGGAAGCCCAAACGCAUCAUCUAUUACGCCCAUUUACCAGAGGUCAUGCGGACGCCUCCGAACGUUGAUCUCAGAACUAGAUUCGGCGUGGACCCUUACAGACGCUUCGAUGACGAUUAUUACGCGAGAAACGGCAGGUACGACUACAGAUUUAGAAGUAGAUAUCCCUACGCGCCUUUGAGGAAAGAGGAGAGGAACUACAGAGACCUCGCAGGCGCCGGCACCGCCACUAAAGACAAAAAAACCGACGAUAAAGUUACGCCGACUCCCGUGCUGCCGCAAAAAGAAGACAAGUACAAAAAUAACAACGCCAAUAAUAAUAACAACAACAAUAGGAAUGUGAAUGUCAACAGGAAUUUGAUAAAUAGCCACCAGUACCACGAUGGUUUAGACAGCUAUAGCGACCAGCUGUCACAUAAAACAUUCCAAGAUGUUUUGCGGCCUGAUGACGGAUAUCUUCGAUUUGAGGAGCCUCUAUUUCAAGGCGCGAUAGAAGACCCGUAUCAGAGGAAAUAUUAGACUGGUUUUCCCAAAGACUUGUCAUAAUUUCUGGCUCGUUUUUACAUAGCUGAAAACCAGCCAUAAAUCUUGUCAAACGUCGAUCACAUAAUUCAAUAAGUUUUGCCUACAUUUGUGUCUGAUUUAGUAUUUAUUCAUAGUUAAACUUAAAAAAUAAAAGAUA